GCAUUAACAUAAUUUAUUGUGAGAUGUUGACAGUUGAGUGUUUUGAGAAGAAAAUUACAUUAUAAAAAACAACAAAGGCAACCAAUUUUUUUUUUCCUUUUGUUUUUUGAGACAAGGUCUUGCUCUGUUACGCAGGCUGGAGUGCAGUGGUGCAAUCACGGCUCACUGCAGCCUCAACCUCCUGGACUCAAGUGAUCCUCCCACUUCAGGCUCCUGAGUAGCUGGGACUACAGGUGCACGCCACUACUUCCGGCUAAUUUUUUAUUUUUUGUAGAGACAGUUUUCCUAUGUUGCUCAGGUUGGUCUUGAACUCCUGAGCCCAGGCAAUCCCCCCACCUCAGCCUCUCAAAGUGCUGGGAUUACAGGCAUGGGCCACUGCACUCUGCCAAAGCAACCAAUUCUUUAGUUCUACACAGAUUAGAACCUUCCUUUUCUUUGAUAUAAUCCUUUUGUCAAAAGACAGUUUUACAUAAACAGUUUGGCACCCCACUUCAUGUGCCUGGCGCAAAGCAGAUAUGUAAAUGUGUACCCAUGCAAGAAUCAAAUCCUUUAUGUCAGUCCAGAAUGAAGUAGAUAAAACAAGAAAUGCUUAUAAAUUAAGGCUUUGGUGGCAGGAUUUAGGCAGCUGAGAAAGCACACCUUUUUAUUCUUCACAAGCAUCACCUUUUGAAAGAUACCUACGCUCUUAAACAGGUCGAGAGAGGAAAUUUAAGAAUGAAUACACAUUGGGCUAAACUUUACUAUAUUUCAUCGUAAGAGGGAACCAGACCUCUAAGUUGGGAAGGCUCUUGCUUAUGAAGGGAAAUGUGCCGUAAUUCCUGUCAUUUUACUUGGGUCUUUUAAAAACGGCAAAUUCUCAUCCUCCACUGGCUGAGAGUAAAAAGAAAUAAAAGCGGUAAAGACUUCUUUUUGUGCGUAGGUGGCCCCGGUGUUCACGCUGAAUACAGAUUUUUACACAAUAAAAUCUUAAAUAUCUCUAUAUGGAACGGAAUCCAUUUUUCCUGCCUCGGGAAGGAUUUCUGCGCUCUCGGGUGAAGUUCCUUCGAAGCAAGGAACCGGUUCCCCUCUACCUGUACUCUUGAGAGGAAUUCUCAGGUCAUCUGAAACACGAGUAUGGGCCAGGACGACCCAUUCGUUCACCCGGCCCAGAGCUCUGCGAAGCGGGACACGGGCAGUGCAACGGGAACAACCGGACACCGAGGCCCCCGAGGGCUGAGGCCGCGGCAGAGGCGGCGGCGCGGUGACGGGCGCGACUCCGGCCUCCCGGCUUUGCUGAGGGGCGGCCCCGGGACACCCGAGCCCCGCGGGGCGGUGAGCACUCAGCACAGCUCCAGGCCGGAAUCACGAUCCACCAGCACCGCGCUGGCGCUGGGAACGGCGGCGGUGACGGACCGGGGGCCGGAAGUGAAGGACGGGGGAGGACGGCUGCUUCCGGCGCCAUAACUGCUGCCAUCUUCUCUGCGCUAUGGCUGCGUUCAGCCGUCAGGUCCUUGAUGUGCACCGCCUGGUCCCUCUCACCUGGGCCUGUAUGGCUAGGCAGACUCCUCAUCUUGGAGAAAAGAGAAGGACGACAGCUUCUUUGUUGCGCAAACUGACUACAGCCUCCAAUGGAGGGGUCACCGAGGAGUUAUCUUGUGUUAGAUCCAAUAACUAUGUGCAGGAACCAGAGUGCAGGAGGAAUCUUGUUCAGUGCCUCCUUGAGAAGCAGGGGACUCCUGUGGAACAAAGGUCCUUGGAGCUAGAGAGGGUCAUCACUUCCCUCCUGGACAUGGGUUUCAGCAAUGCCCAUAUUAAUGAAUUGCUCAGUGUACGGCGAGGUGCCAGUCCUCAACAGUUCCUGGACAUCAUUUCAGAAUUUAUUCUCUUGGGUCUGAAUCCAGAGCCUGUGUGUGUGGUCUUGAAGAAAAGUCCCCAGUUAUUGAAACUGCCAAUUAUGCAAAUGAGGAAGCGCUCCAGUUACCUGCGAAAGCUUGGGCUUGAAGAAGGGAAAUUAAAGAGGGUGCUUUACUGUUGCCCCGAAAUUUUCACCAUGCGUCAGCAGGACAUUAAUGACACUGUCAGGCUUCUCAAGGAGAAGUGCCUUUUCACGGUACAGCAAGUCACCAAGAUUUUGCACAGUUGCCCCUCUGUUCUUCGAGAGGACCUGGGUCAACUGGAAUACAAGUUUCAGUAUGCAUACUUCAGGAUGGGAAUUAAGCAUCCAGACAUUGUAAAGAGUGAGUACUUGCAGUAUUCACUAACCAAGAUUAAGCAGAGACACAUUUACUUGGAGCGCCUGGGACGGUACCAAACCCCUGAUAAGAAGGGGCAGACACAGAUCCCUAACCCAUUGCUCAAGGACAUUCUCAGAGUUUCAGAAGCUGAGUUUUUGGCCAGGACAGCCUGUACUUCUGUUGAGGAGUUUGAAGUUUUUAAGAAGCUCCUGGCUCGGGAGGAGGAGGAGUCUGAGAGCAGCACAUCUGAUGACAAAAGGGCAAGUCUGGAUGAGGAUGACGAUGAUGAGGACGCCGACGAGGCGGAGGACAAUGAUGAGGAUGAGGACGACGACGAGGAGGAACAGCUGUGAUGGAAGGACUAGAGCGAAAGGGCCCAGAGAUAUCAAGGAAGCUUUUCAUUCUCUUAAAGCUUUUGGGUCCUUUACUUGAAUCUUCUCAAGUUAUUUUUUAUUCUAAAACUGGUCUCUUGAUGAAAAAAAUUAUAAGUCACCUGAGAGGCAGACAGAUCUAAACCAAACAGGAAACAGGAAAUGCAUGUUUGAUCUGUUGUCAGGUGUCUGUGGGGAGGGCUCUGUCCCAUCCUGAAUAAAAUACUUACGUUGAGCUAUUCAAAUCAAGGGGACUCAAUGUAUCAACAUUUGGUUUUUUUUUCUCUUUCGAAUAUGUUGGUGAUAAUUCCGUGACAGUUGGAAGAUGGGGUUCGUUCUUCCGGUUCAGGAAUCACUAUGUAUUUCCUUCUAGUGAUAAAAAUAAAACUACGAGAAGGCAAUGUGA